CGGAAAUCUCGCGAGAACACAUAAGAAAACACUUCCGGUGCUACGAGCUAUGAGCAAGUUUAAGGUUUUCUUUGCUGGAAACCCAUGAAGUGAAUUCACACUACGACCAGGACGCCCAUUCUCCAAAAAUGAUAAACUCGCAUCUUGUGGUGGGUAACUCAGUGGCCGACCAUCAACUGUGGGUGACCUUGGAAAAUUUGUCCUAAAUAAAAGGAACAUGGACAAGAUGGCACGGGUCACCACCGCCCUAGGCAACAGUGCCAUCAGUGGCCGAACCAUGUUCUGCCACUUGGAUGCUCCUGCCAAUGCCAUCAGCGUGUGCCGAGAUGCCACACAGGUGGUGGUGGCUGGUCGCAACAUUUUCAAGAUCUAUGCCCUCGAGGAAGAGCAGUUUGUGGAGAAACUAAACCUGCGUGUGGGUCGCAAACCGUCUCUGAACUUCAGCUGCGCCGACGUCAUGUGGCACCAAAUGGAAGAGAACUUGCUGGCCACCGCUGCUACAAACGGGGCAGUGGUCACCUGGGACCUUGGGAAACCCUCUCGGAACAAGCAGGACCAGUUGUUCACUGAACACAAGCGAACUGUGAACAAGGUGUGUUUCCAUCCCACCGAAGUUUACAUGCUUCUCAGCGGCUCGCAGGAUGGAUUCAUGAAGUGUUUCGACUUGCGGAAGAAGGAGUCUGUCAGCACUUUCUCUGGGCAGUCGGAAAGUGUGAGGGAUGUCCAGUUCAGCAUGAAGGAUUACCACACUUUUGCUGCUUCCUUUGAGAACGGCAACGUCCAGCUUUGGGACAUCAGGCGACCUGACCGCUACGAGCGAAUGUUCACUGCCCACACUGGUCCUGUGUUCUGCUGCGACUGGCACCCAGAUGACAGGGGCUGGCUGGCCACCGGAGGCAGAGACAAGAUGGUGAAGGUGUGGGACAUGACUACAAACCGUGCAAAGGAGAUCUACUGUGUCCAAACCAUCGCCUCAGUCGCACGAGUCAAGUGGCGCCCGGAGAGAAAGUUCCAUCUGGCCACCUGCUCCAUGAUGGUGGACCACAACAUCUACGUGUGGGACGUCCGCCGACCCUUUAUUCCCUUUGCAACCUUUGAAGAACACAAAGAUGUGACUACUGGAAUUGUGUGGCGUCAUCAGCACAACCCACACUUCCUUCUCUCUGGCUCUAAAGACAGCACCCUCUAUCAGCACAUGUUCAAAGAUGCUACACGGCCUGUGGACAAAGCUAACCCUGAGGGCCUGUGCUUCGGCCUGUUUGGUGACCUGGCCUUUGCUGCCAAGGAGAGUCUGAUCAGCAGCGAGGCCAACAGGAAGCCGUACCCUGCCGGCGACCGCCGCUACCCCAUCUUUUUCUUCAAGAAGCCAGACCCAACAGAACAAUUUGCCCACGUGUCCAGUGCUCUCAGUGUCUUUGAGACCGACUUGGACUGCAACCGCAUGGACUGGUUUGUGAAGACAGCACAACUGUAUCUCCUCAGUGGAAAACCGUUUACUGAUCUGUGUGAUCACAAUGCCAAAGUGGCCCGUGAGCUCAAACGACCUCAGGUAUCUACUACGUGGACCAUGCUGCGAAUUAUGUUCUCGGACCCGGCAAACCUCAACACACCAGCUUCGAACCACAACCUCAAUAAACUUGGCGCUUUGCCACUAAUGAACAGUUUCAGCAUGAAGGAUAUGAGCACAGAGGGUCGACUGGAGCGAAGUAAAGUGGACAGCAGACAGGACAUCCUCCACAUGGACCCUGGAAGCUCUCACAUGAACAACAACAAUGAAGAAAAUGAGGAAACGGAGGGAAGUGACGGCCAAACCGAAUACAUGUUUGGAGAUGCCGAACUGGACGAUGAUGACCUUUAUUCCGUGGAGCAUGACAAUCAAACAGAGGAGCAGGAGUACACGCUGCCUCAGGAGGCGUUCCAGCUGCGUCAUGAGAUCAUGGACAACCCCUCCGCGCCUGAGCACCUGCAACAGGACAAGGCAGACUCACCACACGUCAGCAGCAAUGAAGCGGAGGUCAUGUGUCUGACGCCCAUCGAGUCGUUCUCCCUCAUCUCCAUCUCGCAGCCGCUCUUCAGCCCUCACCUGCCUGCCAGCUUCUUCUGUCCCAUCGUCAAGGAGAUGCUGAGCUACUACGCAGAGCAGGGUGAUGUGCAGAUGGCGGUGUCUGUGCUCAUUGUUCUUGGAGACCGAAUCCGAAAAGAGGUCGACGAACUCACCCAGGAGCACUGGUACAUGUCCUACAUCGACUUGCUGCAGCGCUUUGAGCUCUGGAACGUCUCCAAUGAGGUCAUCAAGUUGAGCACAUGCAGCGCCAUCACUUGUCUGAACCAGACCUCCACCACGCUGCACAUCAACUGCAGCAACUGCAAGCGGCCUAUGAGCAACAAGGGCUGGAUCUGUGACAGGUGUCGCCAGUGUGCAAGUGUGUGUGCGGUGUGCCACCAUGUGGUGAAGGGGCUGUUUGUGUGGUGUCAGGGUUGCAGCCACGGCGGGCAUCUAGAGCACAUGAUGGACUGGCUGAAAGGCAAUGCCCAUUGUCCUGCUGGCUGCGGUCACCUGUGUGAGUACACCUGAGACACAGCCAGUGUCAGGCACGAGACAUUUUUGAUGUGUCUACGUGAGUUGAGGUUUCAGUCACCAUGGAAACAGACUUGGGAUUUGAUGACACACCUGACAGGCCGCCUGAGGAUCAUAUUGUCCUUCCUGUACCACCACAGAGGCCUUCACUGUCACUGGAGUUUUUCUCUUGAAUAUGCUGCAUUGGACAUUGUUUUUUUUUUUUAAUUCACAGUCUUUACGGACAUUAUACCUUCUUCAUCCAGCUGUACAUAAUCAGACUAUUAAAUAAUCACAAGAAAUUAUUAUAUAUUUGAGACCUCACAGUCAUACAUUCUGACCAACUCAUCAAUUCAAGUCAGUUUGUUUUGUCACUUUUUUUUUUAUUAAAAUGUAAAUCUCUGCCAUCUCAGACUCAUUUGUA